AUGGAAUCUUCAAGCGCCCCUCGAAAACGCAAGAGAGCCGCCAGCUUGCCCUCAUCCCCUAACAGCAGCCCUCCUAUCGUCACCCGCCUCCCAGACGCUAUCAUCAACCCCCUCAGUCACACUCCCGGCAAUCUUAAGCAGCUACUGGCCGCCGGUCUCACCGAACAUGAUCGGCUUCCAUCACUUCAGCAGCCUGGAUUUCCUCAUCGUCCGUACCGGGACACCAGGAGACGACAGAAGCCUCGUCGGUGGAAAGCCCCUUCCACCGCCCCUGUUGCCGAUACAGACACAGACGCAGAGGACUCCCGCGCCGAGACCGAUUUCGAGACAGAAGCCGAAUCAGGGCACGAGUCGUCCCUCCCCAAACCCCAGUCGUAUGCAGCGGAGCGCGCCGCUCUUCAGCCCUUGGCUCGCUCCAUCGCCGUCUUCCUCGCCCGCGGCGACAUCCUCGCCGCCAAGCGCGCCUUUGGCCUUCUCAUGCGCUCUCGUGUCUCCGGAAAGCCGGUCGAUAUUCGGCGCAAUCAUUACUGGGAGCUCGGUGCCGAGAUCCUCAUGCGCGAGCCCGUGUCGGAGGAGAACGCGGCGUGGGCGCCGACGGACGACAGCGACAUGUCCCGAGAGAGGCGCCGCAAGAAGCAGCAGCACCGCUAUCCGAUCUCCAAUGUGCCGCAGGUCAAGGAAUACUUCCAGGGCCUCAUUCGGAACUACCCCCACCAUCUCGGCGCGAGAAAGGCAGCCUCGGCGCUGCAGUUCUGGCCGGCGCAGGUCAGCUACGAGAUCAGCCAGAUGCACGCCCAACACACCGCUGCACUGGACGACCUACGUGCCGACGCGGAGAGCUGGGAGAUGGAUCCGGAUAUGGACAUGUACAACGAGGAGGCCGACGAUGAAUUCGACCCGCAAGACAGAGACCCAUUCAACCCGGACGACAGUUCCAGAGGCAGGCCUCGCGGGCUCGAUGCCUUGGUGGACGCCCGCGAAAAGCGAAUGCGCCAGGCGCGAGACGACAUCCGUGCCAAGACCCUUGACGGAAUGCGCGAGCUCGCCUCGCGCAUGGACAAGUUACUGGACAGUCUGCCGUUCUCGCGAAGCCCCGAGCUGCAGCGGCUGCGCGGGAUCGUCUCGCUGUACAUCGCCGACCUGCUUGUGCCGGCGGACUGUCGUCGUCCAGAAGACCGGCAAGAAGCGGAGGCCAAAAAGUUGGCUGAAGGCGAGAUAGCCAUGAAGUUCUUCCGCACCAUGGAGCAGCUGGGCGGAAAGCUCGAUCACGCGAUGCACGGAGCCCUCGACAUGGACCGCGAAGGAAGUGAGGGCCCUACCAGGCCCACCUUUGCAUCGCUACCGAUUCGGGAUCACAGGGUUGGUGGGUAG